CAAUCUGUUGUCACUAAAGUGGUGGUUUACCAAAAUUUUGGAGAAAAUUUGAGAAAGGGUUGAGUAUGGUUACGAAAGUCUCAUGCAAAGAUGUGCUUGAGGGACAAGCGAAUCCACGUUAGCAACUCAAUCUUAAUGGCUCCAUCUCUAUAAAGUGAUCAAUCCCUUCCUCGAUCGUCAUCUUCAACGUACUAGCUAGUAGCUAGCUCCCCCCAACCCUCAACAACAUGCCUACGGCUGAAGUGAUGCCUGAGAAAACCCUUCAGAGGAUCCACCUCAUAAGCAAAGAGAAAGCCUCUCCCUCCCCAAAAAGGUUGGACGGAAAGGUGGCAAUUAUAACAGGCGGUGCUAGAGGGAUUGGAGAGGCAACUGUGAGACUCUUCGCGAAACAUGGAGCCCAGGUGGUCGUUGCGGACGUCGAGGAUGUCGCCGGUCUUGUUCUAGCCAAAUCAUUGUCCCCUUCAGCGACCUACAUACACUGUAAUGUAAGCAAAGAAGAGGACGUUAAGAGCUUGAUCAACUCAACAGUUUCCCAGUAUGGCCGGCUUGACAUUCUUUUCAACAAUGCCGGAGUUCUUGGAAGCCAAUCAAAGCACGACAAGAGCAUCAUUGAUUUUGAUGCAGAAGAAUUUGAUCAUAUCAUGCGAGUUAAUGUAAGAGGAACAGUUCUGGGGAUGAAACAUGCGGCUAGAGUCAUGGUGCCUAGAAGAAGCGGGUGCAUCAUCUCCACGGCUAGCGUAGCCGGUCUCAUGGGAGGGCUUGGACCUCAUGCUUAUACAGCCUCGAAGCAUGCCGUUGUAGGACUAACAAAGAAUGUAGCUUGUGAACUUGGCAGGCAUGGUAUUCGUGUUAAUUGUAUCUCUCCAUUUGGCGUGGCGACUUCCAUGCUUAUUAAUGCGUGGAAGGGUUGCGAGGAAGAUGAUGAUCAUGAUCAUGAUCAGGAAUAUUGCACGAAAGUAGGCCUACCUUGUGGGGAAGAAGUUGAGAAGAUGGAGGAACAUGUGAGAGGCCUAGCCAAUUUGAAGGGUGCUACUCUAAAAGCUAAGGAUAUAGCUGAGGCUGCUCUUUAUCUUGCAAGUGAGGAGUCCAAAUACGUAAGUGGUCAUAACCUUGUCAUCGAUGGUGGAUUUACCACCUGCAAAAAUUGUGUAGGCUUGUAGCAGCAAGAUCUGUUAAUGCUUAUCAUUUGUAAUUUAAUUGGCUCGGAAGUUGUGCCCAAGAAGCAAUAUAUAUAUUGAUCUUUUAUGUCGGUUAUAA